AAAAAUAGUUUCUAUGUGAGUUUUGAAAAAAUGUGUGUCAAUUUAGGAAAUUUGGAGAACUAAUCGAGAGCAACAGGAGUCUUCUAUUCAAAGUUGAAGUUUAUUAUUAAAAUAAAAAUAGUGCACAUAUAAGAUGAAAAUUUAACUGAAUAAGACUGAACACGAAAUAUAUCAUAAAGUCCCCAUCUGCUUCCAAAAUAUCAAUGGAGUUUGAAUUGUCAGCAGUUAGAAGAACUAUAGUCCUUUAUAAUUAUCAAAAACGUCAAUUAUCUCAAGACCACUUCUGUAAGGGAGAAAAUGUUGUUAGCAAUGCGUCGUGAAUCUGAUCAUCAAAGUGGCAGUCUCCAUCAUCAAAUUCCAAUAUCAGACGAUCCAGAACAACUGCAACAGGCACAAAUUAGUGCAACAACAGCAACAGCUACUACAACAUCAUCAUCAUUAUCGUCAUCGUCUUCGUCUUCGGCGUCUAUUUUCGGACCAACUUCUGAAUCAGCUUUGCCUCCGACAUCAACAGCCUCGCAGCUAUCAAUUCCACAAUACGGAUUUUAUAGCAAUCCUAGUUCUAGUGGAAGUUAUUUGCAUCCACAUCCUCUCUCUCAACUUCCGCUACCACCACCACCCCCACCUCUUACAAGUACAGGUCGAACGGUUCUUCCAUCACAUACUUCAACAGGGUCUGGACUUGACGAAUACGUUGAUAUUCUUCAAGUUCAACAACUUCUUUUGGAUUCUUCAUCGGGAAGCUCAAGUGGAACUUCAACUUCUUCAACAGCAGCAGCAAUCUCCAGUUCACAAUAUCUUCCGAAACCACUUCCAAGACCUAGAAUUAAUUUGCAAAAGGCUUCCGAGUACGCUGCUCAAAUUCAAGCUGAAUCUCCUUCAUCUCGUCGAGUAUUAUUAGACUAUCCUAGUCCUUAUUUGUACGGGAACCACUAUCACUCCUCGCCAAAUGAAGAUCUCGUUGCCCUUUGGUUUGGCAGCAAUGGAUCAGGUGCGUUUUGA